GAAGUUGCCGCCUUCGCCUUGUUACUAAAGAGAUCCCCUACCUAGGUAUCUGCCGGCACUAGGGAACCAGUCUCGGAAUGGUUUCGCUGAAGGCGAGAAUCGCCAUACCGCCGCUUGCAACCACCGGGAGAUCCGGAUGUGAGCAUUCGCCAAACAAUUGAGAUCGACGACGGCCAGCGCCGAGUAGGAAAGGAGUCCAUGGGCACUUGCAGCCCGGGACGUGGGUGCCGCUGCACCGGAGCACCUCCAGGGUUCAAGAUCCAUCCUAGUGUGCCAAAGGAUGAAAGCAAAUUGAGUUGGUUGGGCCAGACUUCUCGUACUGUAGUGUACUGUAUGCCGACAGAGACUUACUCCACGCAUUGCACGUACGCCUGCGGGUCUUGGUGAUCGUUAUAUCCACUGCGGAGCUUAAAGUUACCAAGGGUCCCUUCCAGCCAUGUGCCCAGAUCCCUGACAUUGAGAUGUCAUCGAUUCAUCACACACAAGUCCAAGGCUCGAUAUGGCGCAGCCGGGGUCAUUCUGCAGACGAUCUUCUUCGCCCAGCUCCCAAAAUGGAGAGUGCACAACAACGGACGAAUUGGCAAUCCUUUACAUUCCCAAGGGUUCUUAUGACCGCGUCGCUACAGAAACACCGGAACUCUGCAUUCCGCCUUUCACUUCUCACCUUCCUUUGUCGAUGGUUAUGAAAAUGCAGUGAUUGACUUCUUUUGUCAAUAUUACAUCUUCGACUGGGAGGGGUUUCACGCGGUUGUGCUAGAGACUUGCUCCCAACACGCACAGCAUGAAGGUUUUCUCCAUCGGGAUGCUGCUCCUAGCAGCACUCCAGGUCACAUCAGUAAUUGCAGCAGACAGCACAGUCACUGCACCGGCUUGCGGCCUAAAGUGCAUCGUUACCGCCACAGCAGAGCACUCAAACUGUUCUCUUACAGAUGUGGCCUGUAUCUGCCUUAAUAAGGAACUCAAUCUGGCUGCCGCUGCUUGCAUCGCAGAGAGUUGCAGUGUGAGAGAUCAAUUGGCUACUCAGAAAUACUCAAAAGUAACGUGCGGCGUUGAAAGUCAGGACAGGACGGCCCUGAUAUGGAUUGUUGGAAUCGUUUUCGGCAUACUGGGCCUGAUAGCCUUCGGCCUCAGGGUGACGGCCCGUGUAUUUGUGGGAUCACACAAGAGCUGGGGUCCUGACGAUUGGGUCAUGACCAUUGCAGUCGUAGGUGCACAACUUUAUGCAACGGUCUGCGCAGCCCGGAAGCUGACACCCACAGGUGUUGAUGAUAAUUCUUGCAGCUCUAUCCGUCCCUCCAUCACAACUCUUUAUGUUGACCAAUGGGCUGACCUCGUACGCACAGUUGCACACUAUGGUUUGGGGAAGGACAUGUGGAUGGUUGAGCCGGACGACAUCACAAACAUUCUCUACUUAUACUUCUGGGACGAGCUCGUCUAUCUGGCUGUCCUUCCCGUCACCAAAAUCUCCAUCCUUUUGUUUUAUCUCAAGAUCUUUCCGAAACGCGAAUUCAAAAUCGCAGUCUGGGUCCUGAUUGGCUUCAACCUAGCCUACCUCGUCACCUUUGAGAUUGUCUCUAUCUGGCAGUGCAGGCCAAUCCAGGGUGCAUGGCUUGCAUGGGACGGAACAUUUGAGGCCACGUGCAACGAUAUCAACAUGCAAGGAUGGAUGUCCGCUGCCCUGAAUCUUGUCCUUGAUCUGGGGACCAUUAUAUUGCCGUUGCCUGAGCUUGCCAGUCUCUCCAUGUCAUUGCGCAAAAAGAUCCAGAUCUUGUCUAUGUUCUGCGUCGGGUUCUUUGUAACAAUUGUCAGUGCUCUCAGGCUACAGUCAUUGGCGAAAUAUGCAAACACAUCCAACGUCACGCAGGACUACGUCGAGGUCGGCUACUGGUCAACGAUCGAGGUGCCAGUCGGGGUAGUCUGCGCUUGCAUGCCCGCCAUCCGCUCGCUCAUCGCCACAAUCUUCCCGAAGGUGUUUGGUACCACCCAGCAGAAGUCCAAUUACACAGGUGUCUCGGGCGGGUCCAAGCAGUGGUCCUUCGCGAGGCUGAACUCGUCCGGGAAGCACAUCAAGGUUCAGACAGAGUGGAUAGUGAGAUCGCACAACGUCCCAGAGCACGAGGAAAGCCGGGUGGAGCUGGUACCGGUCCCAUCGCCAAGUGACCUGCAGUCGCCGUUGCCUACCAGGCCUCCGUCGGACCUGGCGAUGAUGCAAACCAGUUGCGAGCGUGCAGAGCAAGUUAAGCAUUCUUGA